AGAGAGAGUGGCAAUUCUCGUGUGAAUAGCUUCAGGAGCUGAAGGAAUAAUCUCUGAGAGCUGUAAUUUUGCAGAGAAUACUGACAAUUCAAAUCUCGAGUGUUGAGGUUAUGUGAUUUCAGGUGGUCUAAUCCGAUUACGCACGAACGCCUUCGACCGGUCCACGAUCGCCGAAGCCGAGCGGCUCUCGGCCAAUCACAGCGCAUAAUUUGUUUGACUCGCUAACGGCUGUUUGCAGUGUUGAAUUUUCUGCGCUUGGAUUUUCUAUUUUCGACAUUUUACUGCACUUUUCCGGAUACCAUGGCCACGAGGAAGCGCACCGUGAAGGUGGACGAGAAUCAAUCGGAGAAAUUGGCCGUGAAGGCGAUCGGGAAGAAUGAAGUGAGUGGCAGAGUGACCAGGCGUGCUGUCCUGGGAGAGCUGGGCAAUCGAGUGACGAGCUUAACGACGGGCACAAAGAAGGUGGAUCUGAAGGAUGUGAAGCCGCGAGUCGACACACGUUGGAAGAAGACAGACGUGGCCGUGAAGGCGGAGCCGAAGAAGGUGGUGGUGAAGAAGGUUUCCGCGGCGGCGGAGAAGAGCGUGGUGAAGAGUCCGCCGAAGAAAGCUCCUCUGGCGCAGCCGGAGAGCGACUUCAAGGAGGCACCAGCGAAGGAGCGACGCCAGCAGAGCCACUCGAGCUACCUCAUGAGUCAGGUAAUCGACAUCGACGCCGAGGAUCAAGAAAACGUGCUGCACAUUCCCGAGUACGCGAACGACAUCUACGACUAUUUGUACAGCUUGGAGGAGCGCUUUCCUGUGCACGAGGCCUACAUGGCCAACCACACGGACCUGAAGCCGCGCAUGCGGGCGGUGCUGAUGGACUGGCUGAACGAGGUGCACUGCCAGUUCCACCUCGUGCCGGAGACGUACUUCAUGACCGUGGCGCUCGUGGACAGGCAGCUGCAGCUGUCCAAGAAUCUCUCGCGCAAGACGCUGCAGCUGGUGGGCAUCGCGGCGUUAUUUGUGGCCAGCAAAUAUGAGGAGGUGCUGCCGCCCUCCAUCUACGACUUAGUGCACAUCUCCGACAACGCGUACACGGAUCGCCAGGUGAGGCAGAUGGAGGAGACGCUCCUGCGCAAGCUCAAGUUCAAUCUCUGCCGUCCGCUGCCCAUCCACUUCCUGCGUCGCUUCUCCAAGGCCGCGCGCGCAGACGAGAUCAUCCACUGCGCCGCCAAGUAUUUCCUGGAGCUCGCCACUAUCGAGUACAGCAUGGUUCACGUGCGCCCGUCGCUGAUUGCGGCUGCUGCUAUUUAUUUGUCUCUGAGACUGAUUCGCCCGUCGACUGAGGGCGUGUGGACACCAACGCUUCAGCACUACUCCAAAUACAGCGAGGAGGAGCUGCAGGAGGUGACCAAAGACUUGGCGAAGCUCGUGUUGGAAGCGCCAAAUUCGCAAUUUAAGUCAGUCUUCAGCAAAUACAGGGCAACGAAGAUGCGCAAGAUAGCUGAGUUGCCGGAAAUGAAGGCUGGCGAGAUUGAGGAGAUCGCGAUGUAA